GCUAAUUCUGGAAGCUGGAUGGUUUGGUAGGCUUGUUAGCUAUCAAAUCAAGCACUCACAUUAAUCGUCUCCCCUAUUAGCAACUGGUGUUUCAAACUGGAUCAUGGUGACAACCGGUCGCACCUACACGAAUGCCGCUUUAGCUUUAGGGCAAGCUGCUUGUGCAUUGGAUCUUGUUCUUACCAUCAGUGUCACGUCCGGAAUCGCAUAUCGUCUUUGGCGGGCGGGCCGAGAUGUAUCCGCUUUAACCGGUCACCAUUCCUACAAAGCUGCCAUAUAUACUGUCAUCGAGUCUGGUGCGAUCUAUACCAGUAGCAUCGUGGUAUUGUGCGCUCUGUACCAGUCCGGCAGCCCAGCUUUUGGCGUGGCAAUUAAUGUUGCUACCCAGAUUUCUACCUUGACUCCUCUUUUCCUCAUCGCCAGUGUUAGCCUUGGACUGAUGCACAGAGAAAGUGCAUAUUACGAGUCAACAUCUGCGGGGCCCGCUUUCACUCGACCAAUCCAGGUCACGAUCACCCAGGAGACCCGAACUCACCCUGGGAAGAGUCAGAGUAUACACGAUCAUGAUGUAUAGUGACAUUGGCUAGGAGCAUCGCACGGAUUCAAUUCCUUUUAUCGAGGGAGGGAGGGUAAACGUGCCAAAAAGCAGGGAUUUUACAGUGAUUAAUGCUGCUACUGCGUUGGGAACUCGAGGAAUUCAGGUGAAGAUCAUCCAAUGGCUCCAGGAAGAACUGACAACCCUUGAACACACACGCGACGACGUUUAGCCAUACGAGUGCUGCCUUCCGAUUU